AUGAGUGAGGAAGGUGGUGAUGAGUCGCCGGUUUGGCUGAAACGAAAGAUUAAGAAAGUCGUGGUGCUCUCGGCAACAUCAGAUUCUGAUAGCGAUGAGAGCGUUGGCGUGGCGGGGACACGUAGAAAAAGAUUGAGGGUCAUCAGCGAUGGGGAGGCAAGCGACAGUAGCGGGAGCUCCGUCGUUUGCGCGGGCAGUCGGCGGAGGCGCAUACUUCCUAAGCUACGAGACUCAGACGCUGAAAGUGAUAGCUCCGACUGGGCAACAGAUCGAUCAAAUCCACCAAAAACGAAUGUUUCCACAAACAAAACAAAUUCCGGUUUCGCCUCCGACAGCUCCGAAGGGAACUCUGACAAGUGUUCUAUCUGUUUAAUGCGGUUUACAAAUCAAGAGAUCGGCACGCCCGAGAUAUGUGAACACAUAUUCUGUUUGGAUUGUAUCACAGAAUGGUCCAAAAACGUAAACACCUGCCCCGUAGAUAGGCUAACAUUUAAUUCUAUAAUUGUGCGAACAUGUAUUGGAGGGAGGGUGCUGCGAACAGAGACUGUGAGGACGGUGCAGCGCAGCUCCUCUGUGGAGGCACUCGUUGUGGAGGACCCUACUAUAUGUGAAAUUUGUAGAAGCAUGGAAAGUGAGGAGACGAUGCUGCUCUGUGAUGGCUGCGAUCUCGGCUUCCAUAUGCACUGUUUAAGUCCCCCUCUGUUGGAGGUGCCGGCCGACCAGUGGCUGUGUCCAAACUGUUUUGUUGAUAUUGAUAAUGACCAGGAGCUGAUGGACGCCAUCAACCUGUCUGAGGUGGAAGACUUGUUUGAUGGGAUCAUUGAGUUCGACCUGCCCACCGGGCCCAGGCCUACACCCUUGAGGCAGCCAAGGAAUGUGAGGAGGUCAUCGAGAAAUGUGAGAUCAGGAGAACAACCUUCUACAUCCAGUGGCAGCCACACUAACAAUGGAAACGAACUGCCGACAACCUCACAGGCAACCAGGAGUACAUUGAGAACAACGACCCGCUCCAUCAACAGAAGACCAACGACCACCCGCAGACGGAAAUAUAAAAGAAGACGAACUAAGACUGUCAUUAUAGAGUAUGAAGUACAAGAAAAUGGAAAGUUCCCCAUCACAAGGAAAAUCAAACGAAGAGUUAAAAAAAGAAGGGUAAAAAAACGUCAACCUCGUACUGCGGCUCGUAGGUCGUAUGUACGUGCGAGCGUCCAGGCCAAGCUCGCGUCCCAACGAACUCAGAGACAGGAAGUGUCAUCGGUGACGCUCGCCAGCCGCGGGGUCAAGGACCUCACCGUCCACAGACACAGGGCCGGUAUACCGUCUCUGAGUCUGCUGGGCAACCCUAAUGAACUGGAUUAUUUCUCCGAUGAGGACAACACCGUCUCGGAGGACGCCUCCACGGCCGUCGCAGUCAGACCCUCCUCCAAUAUCUUCAGUGCUUACAGACAGGCGAGAAGGAAAAUCGUGUCGGUUCCGUCUCCCCCGCACGCGUCCUCGGCGCCGGACCUCCUGUCUAACAUCUUGGAGAGUCAGACUUUACUGCACUCGAAGAACUCCUUAGUGUCGAUAACAGUAGACGGAAACAUCAAUAUAAAGCUGCAGACGAAGAAACAGAGCCAGCAGAAGAAGACUGACACAGAAACGAAAGAAGACGACAAGCUGGACCUGUCCAAGGCCAAGGAGGCUGUGAAGUGUGCGCCCUCCUACCCGGGGCAGGGGCGCGGCGGAGGAGGAUGGGGCGGGGGAGGGGGCUACCGGGGCGGAUACGGAAGAGACACGCAUCACGCUAACGGAGGGUUCAACCGAGGAGGAUACGACGCUGGAUACGGAGCACCAGGCUACCAGGGACGGGCCGCGGGCUACGGCGGGUACCAGAACAGCGGCAUGAGGCGAGACGAGCCCGACUACUACGAGCCCUUCCCCCGCAGGCCGCAACAGUUCACCAACGCCGAUGACUCCUACUACGACCGAGCUCGAAGGCCGGUCAUGGACAACGGACGAGGAGGCUUCUCCAACCAUCACAGAAGUGACGGUGGCCGAUACAGCGGCGCGCCCGGCUGGCCCUCCGCGCCCGCCCCGCCCGGACCCUCCGCCGGCCCGCCGCCGCACGCGAGACACUCGUUCGGAGGCUUCGAGAACCCCGUCGACAUGAGGAUGACCGAUAGACAGAUGCCGCAGUCGAAUCCUACCGUCGAUAUGUUCUCUGGCAUCGUUCCUCACCAGGACAAGCCUCAGCCUCCCUCCUACCGGCCGCACGCGGAGCCGCCUGCCUUCCGAUCUUCUCCGGAGCCGCAUCCCUUCCAAUCACCGUCACAGCAACAGAGUUUCGGUUAUCAGAAAACAUCGGAAGUGGAGAAGUCGGAGGACGAGAGGAGCGACCCCGGACUCAUCAUCGACACGGAGAAGUACGACCCCACCGAGCCCACGCGCGACGAGGACAGCGGGGAGGAGGACAAGACGGCGCUCGGCUCACACGCACCACAUGCACCACCCGCACCACCCGCUCCACAAGUACCACCCGCUCCGCCCUCGCCUCAACACAAGUCAUACGAGCCGCAGUCGACGGCCGAUGAGAGCGUGCAGAACAUACUGGCGGGUAUCGACCCCGGUACCAUGAACGUGCCGCCCAGCGUGUUGGACAGCGCGCUCCGCCAGGUGCUCAAGGAACACCGGAACCUCAUCUCGUCUCCCGGACUGAACACGAACAGAGACGGAAGCGAGGACGAGUCGGACGGCGAAUGUCCAAACUUUUCGAUUUAUUCAGCCGCGAGUGUUCACAUCGCGAACUACGUCAACGACCUGCCUGACGAGCCGCCGCCGGAGCCCCGACCUACCGAGGGGCUGGAGGACCUGGUGCAGGAGGACGACGACACGCCGCCACACACCUCGCCCGCUCACAACAAGGACGCUGAGGACAAAAAGGGGGAUGUGGGACGGACGCACGGCAACAAUGAAAAGAGAAAGUCCGAGGAGGAAUAUAAAGAAAAGGUAUCCAAACGAUGUCCGAUCACUACGAACACUAGAAACCCUAUCAAAAUAAAACUUAACACGCCAUCCUUGAUAAAGAGGCAGGUGAGCUUAUAUGACGAAGAAGACGCGAGCCAGGAUGCCGGGCUGGAGGAGAAGUUAGACGUGAACACUAAAACGAAUGAAAACAAAUUAAAUGUAAAACAUGACAGUCCGAAGAAAGAACAUCUCGAUACAACACUUGUUAAAAAUAAAGAAACUACAUUGAGCGAAGAAGACUCACAACCGAGUGAACGAGUCCAAGAAUUAAAGCAGAGUUGUAAACGUAAAAGUUUCGAAGAAACUAGUAGUACGCCUUCAAAAGAGAUUAAAGAAAACGACGGAUCACGAGUUACAAACAAAGAAAGAAAACAGAGUCCGUCGAAAAGUAACAAGGAGAGUCAUGAUAAUAAUAUUGAUGAGGUCGCUAAACAUGGUGAUGAUACUUCAGGCAGCGAAAUAAAAAGAGAGUGUAAAGUAGAUCAUUCAUCAGACGUAGAACCUAACAAAGAUACUAGAAUUAGUAAUGAAAACGAUCAUAAACUUGACGACAAUGUAGAAAAAAUGACAGAGUCUAUAAGCGAGACGGAAGACGAACGCAGCUACACGCCAUGCCUAGAUGAAAAUAAAUCUAACAAGGACGCCUCCUUCGACAACGACAGAGACAAAGGACUAGAAGGACUCGAAACUGAGAUGAUAUCAGAAGACGAGGGAAACGAGAUGUUCUCCGAGAACGAACGGGCGCCCUCUAAUGGAUCAGGAGCCUCACCUGUAAGGACGAGGACUGAAGAGGGACAGGCUCACGAGAAGAAAGAGGCCAGCAAGAAGACCACGGCGCGAGAAGAAAACGUCAAGAAGAAGAAGAAGAAGGACUCGAAGAAAGAAACUAAAGACAAGGACAAGGGGAAAAAUAAAAAGAAAACAGAAAUAACCUUUAAGAAACUUAGCAAAAGUGGCAAAGAAAGAAAUUACAGAGAGAGAGAUAGAGAUAAGGGAGAAAAGAAGUCGGGAAGAGAUCGGCGGGACUCCGGAGACAACGACGUGCGGCAACGACGACGGAAAGAGAAACGGAAAGACUUGCAGAGAUACGAUGUGCGCUCGCUCGUGACCGAGAAGAGGCGGAAGCUCAAGGAUCCUUUCGGACGAGACGUGUCACCGAGGGAGCGCUCGCCCUCGCUGUCCCCGCCCGAGCGGUCCCCCUCCCCCGCCGGCCGCAGGGACCUGUCUCCUCGCCGCACGCCCACUCGUCUCCGUCGAGAUCCCUCGCCCGUCCCCGCGUCCCGCUCGCGCCGCUCACCCUCAAGAGUUCGUCGUUCUCACUCCCGGAUCCGCAGGUCAUCGUCCAAGACUCGUCGGUCACAUUCACGUCCUCGUAGAUCAUUCUCCAGAGGUCGAAAGUCACCUUCCAGACCUCGGGCUUCACCCUUGCGGUUGAAGCGCUCCGUGUCCAGAGGACGACGCUCGCCGAGCGCACCGCGUCAGGCGGCCUCGAGAAGUCGGAGAUCACCUAAUCUCCGGAAGUCCCCCUCUCGACGCAACAGCGUCAUCCGCGGACGUACCUCAUCCCGCGGACGAACGUCACCAGGCCGCGGUCGCCGAUCUGCCGCCCGACGCUCCCCCAGCCCGCGUGUGGGGUCCCGCCGCAGCCCCGCGCGCAGUCCCGCUCGUAGCCCCAUACGUCGCAAACGACGACGCUCCAGCUCCCGACCAGCCCGCCGUCGAUCUGCAACCGGUAGUCCGCCCCGACGUACCGUCAAGAAGAAGAAGCGAGAAAGAUCGACUCGCCGAGUUCCGCCGGCCGCUUCCCCUGAGCGGAAACGACGACGAAGCGAGAGCGCUCGGCCGGCGCCGGCGCCACCCUCCCCGGCUUCCCGCCCGCCCUCUCCUCGCACGCCUUCACCUGAGCCCGCGCCGUCGCCUCUCCCGCUCGAAGAGGUCCCGGAACGUCCCGAACGAAGACGUCGAGACCCGGAGAGACACCGCAGGAGACUCCGGGACGCGCCCGGGCCUUCUAAGGAAGUGUUCACGUCCGGCGAUAACAUCCUCGUGAGCGUCAGCUUUAAAGAGCAGGAACGAGGAGAGGAGAGCGAGCGACGGAGACGGAGGGAAACGCGCCGCGAGAGGAGGCGGAGGAGACGAGCGGCCGUCCCGCCCGAGGUGGAGGUGGCCAAGCCCGUGGCUAUCAUAGACCUCGACCGCUCGCCCUUCCGGGAACUGACUCCGUCGCCGAAGAACGUGAUCGUGCUGAGCGACAGCGACCACGGCGAGCGAGAGGCGGGGGAGGAGAAGCCGCCCGUGGAGGAGGUUCCCGCCGAGGCGCCCACGCUCGGCCCCAAGACACCGCCGGAGCCCCUCGCCCCCGAGCCCGCCGCCGCCGCUCCUCCCGAGCGCGAGCACACGCCACCCGAGGCGGAGCCCCACUCGCCGGACGCGUACGAUCCCUUCGAGCCGACGCGCUCGGCCUCCGCGUCCCCCGGCUCGGGCGCGUCGGCCGCUUCCGCCGCGUCCCCGGCGCCGGCGGCGGCGCCCUCCCCUCCCCGCACCCUCAUCACACUGGAGGCCGCGCAGCGGAGCAACCUGUCGGCGGAUGAAGUGAUCGAUCGCCGCCCACUGUCACCAGUCGAGAAGGUCAUGGCGCUGUUACAAUCCACUCGUGACGAGAGCCCGGAGCCUCCGCCGGGCGCUCCGGAGCCUCCGCCCGCGCCCCGCAUCGUGCUGCCGUCUCCGACGCGGGUCCCUCCCAAGCUGUUCCCGGGCAAGCCGUCCCCAAUCAAGUCCAACCCGGUGAAGCCGAUGCAGGUGUCCCGCCUGCCGCGCCCCCCUCCCCCCUCCCUGCUGCCCGACGCAGGCUCUUCCCCCUACUCGCCGGGCUCGAGCGACUUCGGUGAGCUGUUCGAGCCGCCGACUCGCCGCCCGCGGACCGCUCCCAGACACGAGCGGAAGAGAGGAAAAACGCAAGUCGACGUCAGAAUAGACGACGACAACCUCAUGAUCCUGGACGAACUGCCGAGCUCUGCCGUCGCGAUGCAAGUCAAGAGCAAAUACCUGAAGAAGUUAAACCGUCAGGAGCGCGUGGUGGAGGAGGUGAAGCUGGUGCUGAAGCCGCACUACAACAAGAAGAGGGUCACCAAGGAGGAGUACAAGGACAUCCUGCGGCGAGCCGUGCCCAAGAUCUGCCACAACAAGUCCGGAGAGAUCAACCCCACCAAGAUCCAGGCGCUGGUGGAGGCCUACGUCAAGAAGUUCAGAAAAAAACACAAACUGGGAGUCGUCUAG